AUGGCGGCUCAAAGUUCACAAUUUCAAGAGGAGACUAGAAGUAAUCUGAGAAACACUAGUGCUUCAAUAAAGAAUCUGGAAGUGCAAAUGAGUCAGAUUUCUCAACAACUCGCGGGUUCUCAAACACCAGGUGCAUUACCGAGUACUAUAGUUACAAACCCACGAGAGGAUAAUAAUGUGAGUGUUGUAACCACAAGGAGUGGUAAAAUGAAAGAAGUCCCCGAGAAAGAUGAUGACCAAGAACACCAAUUGCUUAAAUUUGAGUUGGAAAUAAAAGAAAAUGAGGUUGUGAGUGAAGAAGUGGUAGUGCCUAAACUGAUGGUUAAAGAAAAAGUUAGUGAAUCAAAGCCGAUUGUCAAACUCCCUUUCCCCACAAGAAAUAAGAAUAAAGAGCUACAUGAGAAGAACUUCGAGAAAUUCUUGGAGAUGUUCAAAAAGCUUGAGAUUAACAUUCCGUUCUUGGAGGCACUUGAACAAAUGCCCUCUUAUGCCAAAUUUAUGAAGGAUAUUAUUUCAAAAAUGGGAAGUACCGACACUGACCCUAUUGUACUAACCGAAACUUGUAGUGCAAUUUUGUAG